GCGCCGCAGCGGGACCAGUCGGCAGCUCCUGCAUCCCGGCCGGGAGAGCAUCCUCCGCACCGGGCCCCGCACCCCCGCGGCCCCGGCCUCGGCGGGGCCAUGGCCGAGAUCACCAGCGUCCACCCCGGCUUCGAUGUGUCUCCCGUGGUGGCAGGACUCAUUGGAGCCACCGUGCUGGUGGUUUCUGUCUCAGUCACAGUCUUUGUGUGGACAUGCUGUCACCAGCAAGCGGAAAAGAAGCACAAAACUCCCCCCUACAAAUUCAUUCACAUGCUGAAAGGCAUCAGCAUCUACCCGGAGACCUUGAGCAACAAGAAGAAGAUCAACCGGCUGCGGAGAGACAAGAGCGGCGCGGCCAGGGACGGGGGCAGGGGCAAUCUCCUGGUGGAUGCCGCCGAGUCGGGGCUGGGGGGCGCCGACAAGGCUCCGGAUGGACCCCCCAGCCUCGACCAGCUCCCCAUCAAAGUCGAGUUUGGAGAUGAACUCAGCCCGGAUCAAAGCCUCACUCCAGGAGGGAGUAAAACCUCCUCGCCUUCUUCCCCGGGCGACGACGUCGUGCUGGGAGACCUGACUUUCUCAGUGGACUACAACUUCCCCAAAAAGGCGCUGGUGGUCACCAUCCAGGAGGCGCACGGGCUGCCCGUGAUGGACGAGCACACCCAGAGCUCCGACCCCUACAUCAAGAUGACGAUCCUGCCCGACAAGAGGCACCGGGUCAAGACCCGCGUCCUGCGCAAGACGCUGGAGCCGGUGUUCGACGAGACCUUCACCUUCUACGGGAUCCCCUACAGCCAGCUCCAGGACCUGGUGCUGCACUUCCUGGUGCUCAGCUUCGACCGCUUCUCCCGGGAUGACGUGAUCGGGGAGGUGAUGGUGCCCCUGGCAGGGGUGGAUCCCAGCACAGGCAAGGUCCAGCUCACCAGGGAGAUCCUCAAAAGGAACAUACAAAAGUGCAUCAGCAGAGGGGAGCUGCAGGUGUCCCUGUCCUACCAGCCCGUGGCACAGAGGAUGACCGUGGUGGUGCUGAAAGCCAGGCAUUUGCCAAAGAUGGACAUCACCGGCCUCUCAGGUAACCCCUACGUGAAAGUGAACGUUUACUACGGGCGCAAGCGCAUCGCCAAGAAGAAGACGCACGUCAAGAAGUGCACUUUGAACCCCGUCUUCAACGAGUCCUUCAUCUACGACAUCCCCGCCGAGCUGCUGCCCGACGUCAGCGUCGAGUUCCUGGUGAUCGACUUCGAGCGCACCACCAAGAACGAGGUGGUGGGGCGGCUGAUCGUGGGCGCGCACAGCGGCAGCGCGGCGGGCGCCGAGCACUGGCGCCAGCUCUGCGACAGCCCCGCCAAAGCCGUGGCCAAGUGGCACAGCCUGAGCGAGUACUGAGCUCAGCCUCCUCCCCCCCUUCUUAGGACAGACUUCGAGCCUCGGUUUAGCUGUAGGACUAAACUCUUUUCCGGUGAGAAGCGGCGAGCUGGUUGGGUUCUCUUUAGCUGACGUGGUUUUUUGCAGGGCACUAAAACUCUUAAGGAAAAAAUAAAACAAAAAAACCAAGCGAACGAACGACAGGGAAAGAAAGAAUAAUGGGAAAAGAAAAAAAAAAAAAAAAAGAAAAAAAAAAAAGGAAAAAAAAAAAAAAAAGAGGUACCACGAAUAUAUAUAACAGUGUAAUCACGCUAUUGCAUGCCUACUACAAACUGAAAUUAGUAUAACUGCCGGUAUCAAGUUGCAGGUUUUAAUACCAAUUAUCUGUCACUAUGGAAGUCGUGUUUGUGCCGAGCUGUCUUUGCUGGUAUUCACCGAGAUUGGCCUGUCUUUGUUAGGCUUCUCCCAAAGUUUCGGAAUUCUGCUGUUUAACCUCUAGUUUCUUGUUAGUUUUGCCUGCCCAUUGGUUCUUGCGGUUCUGUUCUGUGCUGGUUUGGGGGAGUCCCAACCGCGUUUCCGUCUAGGGCUGGGUUAGAAUUCUGCACUGGCACAAAAGGAAAAUACAGGGAAAAUGGCGUUGGCCUCCAGGGAAGAAACAAUUCUGUGUCAGGCACCGAAAUCCUUGUCGUUGUGAUGCACCUGGGGAGCUGUGAGGUCACAGACAUCCAAGACUGGACUCUAAAAUCCAAACCCCGACCGACUGAUCCCGUCGCUUUUGCCACGUGGGGCUCACACAGGCAGCGCCUCACAGACUGCAGGAACUGGGGAAAUCCGGCUCAGUUUCAUUUUAUUUAAUCUUUACUGUGCAUGAAGGGCCCAAGAAAACCCAAACACAGAUGUGUCAUUGAUUGGUAAGGAAAAACUCUUUGGACGUUCAAUGUCAGAUUCUACCUGGCUGAUAAUUUCUGUUUAAUGGCAAAACAAAGCUGAGCUAGGGAAAGGUCCUGGAGGGCAGAGCUUGUCCGUGAGAAGGUGACACAGCUUCCCUUCAUCCGUGCUGGAGUCAACUUGCAUUAGACAUCGUCAUCCUUCAGUCACCUAAGAGCCAGCUCCCAAAAGAGCAGGAAACACACAGGGCAAAUCCUGGCACCAAAAAUGGGCCAGGCCUGGAGUUUCGAGGCGGCCUGGGGGGAAUCCUGAAAUCCUGGAAUCCUGGAAUCCUGAAAUCCCUCUGAGUCUGGGAACAGCCUGCAAGGGGAAGGAUGGCCCUGACCAGAGGGACCUCCAGCACCUCAGGCUGUUUUAACCCUGCAGAGUCAGGAAUUUGGAACAGAAGUCCCUGAAGUUUGGCAGCAGCUGCCUGAGAUGGGGCGGUGCUCACAGAGCCCUGGAGCUGCCUUUGGAUGCGACUGGAGCAUCCUGGGUUUGGGUUUUCUGGCCACAGCCCAGCCAGGGCACAGAUCAGGGUGAUAACUGGCAGCAAAUAAUUCAUGGAAACCAGUGUUGGUGAACUGAGCAGAAAUAAUUACAACUAAAAACGUUCCUGGGCUCUCCAACUUCGAGAAAUGCAGAAGCAGAAUUGGGUUUUGCAAAGAGGCUCCUCCACAGCCCCGGGUUUUCAGAAAACCUUUGGUUGCUCCCAGUCUGCUCUGAGCCCUGUGGGAUGCACAUAGGAAUGCAAAUAACAGAUUAUAAUUUUUUUUUUUUUUUUAAUUAAGAUCAUUUACCUACUUACAAGACUCGACUACUGAAUUUUAGAUCCCCGUUGGAAAAAUGAUCCUUUUCACCUUCCCUCCGCUGCAGUGGGAAUUACUGAGCGAGGCUCUCGUGGCAGCAGCUCUGUAGGAACAGACAGCUCUUGGGGAGCUGCCACCGCUUUGGCGUCUCUGCCUGAGGCGUUCUUUUUGGAAAGCUGAUUUCUCUCACUCACCGGCCCUCCCUCCCAGGCUGCAGCUCCACUUCUCAGCAGACACAAGCCUGCACUCUGUUCCCCCUUCACCCACGACCAGGAUUUCUGCCUGAGGUCGUAGUGGAUUUUAUCAGUGUCUUAAACGCUUUCUGCCUGGAACUCUGUGGCUCAGAGCCACAGCCCAGAGAACCGAGCUCCCCCUUGGAAAUCGCUGUAGAUCUCUUUCAAUCCUAGUUUUUGGUUUUUUGCACUAAGCAAUUGCGUUGCUGCAAUUCAAGCAACUGUCAGGACUUUUCCUCGGAACAUGCUUUCCAACACCACUCCAAAGAUCUGACCAGGACUAAGAGCAGCAACAAAAUUCCCUUCUCCCUUCGGUGUGAAAAGCAUGACUAAGCCUAGAUGAUCUUAAGAUUCCUUUAGUUGCGAAGGAAAGAUGAAUUUCUUGUCAAGGAAACAUGCUCAGGGUAAAUAGACUUAGGCUAUCGGGCAGGUAGGAGUAGCUCCAACACUCUUCUGGAAUAAUAGGAAACUGAAAAUGUGCAGAUAUAUAUUUUUUAAAACAUGAAAUAGACAGUAAGUGACAGCGGACUCACUGUAAAAUCUCCCCGGUGUGGUUAUUCUUUACCUUGUGUCUUCUGUUGUAAAAUGAACUUGGAACAGUUACAACUUUGUGUGGGGAAAGAAAAAAAAAAAAAAAAAAGAAGAAAAAAAAAAAAAAGGCAAAAAAACCCUAACUCAACCUGUGUGAAACUGCAUAAUGCUAUAAGCUAACCUACAUUCUGUAAUGCUACCUUGUAUGUUGAAUUUGUUAACGCACAUUGAGCGUGCAAAUAAAAAUUAAAUCACUUUAAA